AUGGGACCAAUCGGUGGACGCUAUUCGAUCAACGCCGUACAGCUGACCGAUUCGCCUUAUGUGGUGCUCAACAUGAGAAUACUAACGAGGCAAGUGUGGGUAUGUAACCCAAACCGCUUUUUCCUCGCACUUCGUCCAUCUGAUAACGAGAUUUGGUCGUUCGGAUCAGCCUUUGGCGAGAAUGCUUUCCUGAGCAAGAAAUGCCUCGGGCUUCGUCUAGCUUCAUAUCGCGGUUGGAAAGAAGGAUGGAUUGUGAUGAACGCGGCUCUGAUUGCCGUUAAAGGUACACAUAACUACUUCUAUCCUGGUAUACCGAAGCAGUACGAUUGCUUCCAAAGAAGAAGCCGGCUGCUCAUGCUGCUAGAAAGUCUAUCGACUGCAGCUGAAAGGAGGGCUAAUGGUACAGAGCGCUGA